GAGAGUUUACUUGUCUUUACUAAGCUAAGAAACCAUGGAAGCUACCCAAGUUCACACUUAACCAAACCACCACACCUAUUCACAACAAUCGGACAUCAAUCGGAGCUAUGGCCCCCGCCGCCGACGCAUUAGUGGGCGAGCUCGUACGCCGGCUAGCAACACUAGUAGAGGAAAACGGGUCCUAUAUAAUCUGGAUAAAAGACCAGACCGACGAUUUGGUGGCCGACCUGGAAUCCUUCAACGCGUAUCUGAUGCAAGCGUCGAUGAACCAACGAGCCCGCGACAAUUUUGUUCUGAAAGACGUGGUGGAUAAGAUCAGAAACGUUGUUACUGAUGCAGAGGAUGCUAUUCUUAAGUAUACUGUGGAGACGAAGAAGUAUAAUAAUAAAGGGUUGAUGAAAUACUUGCAGAUACUUGCUUAUUAUGUCAAGGUUAACGAAUCUGCGAGGGAGAUCCAAAGUAUUAGAGAGAGAGUUAAGAAAAUUAGGCAAGACCAUACCCCGGUUCUUCAGGCCCUCAUUGAUGAACCCAAUAGAGGUCAACCAAUUCUGCAGAGGAUGGCUCCCGUGGUUGAAGAAGAAGACGUUGUUGGUUUUGAUAAUGAAGCAAAAGUUAUAAAAGAUCGUCUCAAAAAAGGGUCAAAAGAUUUGACAUUCAUCUCAAUCAAAGGGAUGGCGGGUCUAGGCAAAACUACAUUGACCAAAAUGGUAUUUAAAGAUAGUGAUUUGCAGUAUGACUUUUUCACUCGACUUUGGGUUUAUGUUUCAAGAACCUUUAACAGAAAACAAAUAUUCUUGGACAUUCUAAGUAACUUCACAAAGAAAACCAACAAGUUUCAUGAUAUGUCGGAGGAAAACUUGGCUGAAAAAAUACAAGAAUUUUUGGAGGGCGGAAAGUAUUUCAUUGUGAUGGAUGAUGUGUGGUCAGUGAAAGAUUGGGAGUGUUUGAAGAUUGCUUUUCCAAACAAUAUGAAAGGCAGUCGAGUAUUGGUGACCACUCGACACGAAAAGGUGGCUUUACAUGUUGAUUCUGACGGCAAUCCCCACUCGUUAAAAUUCCUGAUUAACGACGAAAGUUGGGAGUUACUUGAGAAGAAGGUAUUCCGCAAAGAAAAGUGUCCUCUUUUGUUAGAAGCCCGGGGUAGGCAGAUAGCAACAAAGUGCCAAGGACUACCCCUUGCAGUAGUAGUGAUUGCUGGUGUCCUAAACAAAAACAGCACACCUAGUCAUUGGAAAAGGGUAGCAGAAAAUCCCUUCCCAGAAAUUAACCAAGAAAACCAAAGUUACAAUGAGCUAGUAAAAUUGAGCUAUGAUCAAUUACCUUACUACUCCAAAGAUUGCUUCUUGUACCUUGCAGCUUUUCCUAUAGGGCAUGAGAUUGCGGCUUGGAAACUAAUCCGGUUGUGGAUAGCUGAGGGAUUCAUCCCCCGAAUGGAGGGCGCAUACAUGCUAGACUUAGAGCAGACCGCUGAGAAAUACUUAGAAGAUCUCAUCGACAGAAAUCUCUUGAUGGUGCUGAAAAGACGAGCAGACGGUCAAAUCAAAACAUGUCGGAUUCAUGACACCUUACACGAGUUCUGCAAAAAAGAAGCUGCAAUUAAAGAUCUCUUCCAUGAAAUGGACCGAGCUAAGCUCGAGGCAAACAAAAUUCCUCGUCGCCUUUGUGUCCACUCCUCUAUUCUGGAGUUCUUGAAAUCGAACGACAGGCCAUCCAGCGAACGUGUUCGAUCUUUCCUAUGUUUUUGUUCCAAAGAAACAGAAAUUCCCCCUGAGUGCUUCUCAGCCAUUCCAAAAUCAUUCCCUCUUCUUAGGGUGAUGGACAUUGAAUACCUUAAAUUCAAAGUGCUCCCAAAAGAAUUCUAUCUCCUCUACAAUCUGAGAUUCCUUGCAGUCUCAACUGAACUCAAAAUCCUCCCCAAAACCUUCAAAGAGCUUUGGAACAUGGAGACAUUAGUGUUCAACACUACACAAAAUAGCCUCGAAGUUAAAGCAGAGAUAUGGAGUAUGCGAAAACUAAGGCAUGUGCACAGCAACACUUCCCUGCAGCUCCCUCCUCCUCCGAUAACAGGCAUGGCGAAUGGCCCGGGAAGUACAGAUAUAAAGACACUUUGCACCAUAUCACCUUCAAGCUGCACAGGGGAGAUCUUGCACAAGACCCCGGAUCUUCAGAAGCUGGGAAUUCGAGGGAAUUUAGCAGAGCUUUUGGAGACCAGGCAGGGAGGGAUCAGCUUGUUUGACAAUAUUCAAAAGCUGGAUUGCCUGGAGAAUCUGAAGCUGAUAAAUGAUGCUCUACAUGGCAACAAACUAAGGAGCUUCCCUCGAGCUGAAAAAUUCCCACGCAGGCUAAGAAAGAUGACUUUGUCGAACACACCGUUUGAUUGGAAGGACUUUGGUAUAUUGGCGUCAUUGGAAGAACUUGAGGUGCUGAAGUUGGAGGAGGAUGCGUUUAGAGGAGAGUUCUGUGAUGUAAGGAGCGUUGUGUUCAAACAGUUGCAGUAUUUGCGGAUUGAGAGGGCUAAUUUGGUAUCAUGGACAGCUUCAAAAGAGAGUUUUCGAGUACUGAAAUAUCUCAUCCUCAGAAAUUGCUCUAAGCUUGAUGCUGUUCCGGCUGCCAUUGGUGAAAUACAGAGCCUUAAGUUGAUAGAGUUAUAUUGCAGCAACAAAAGGGCAACUGAAUCUGCUCGAGAAAUACAUCAGAUAAAUGGAGAAGCAAGAUUUCAACUCUCUAUCUAUCCUCCUGAUCAAGAUGUCAUCUCCAACCACUGAAUUAAAGGGCCAAGGUGAAUUGAAUCUGUUCCAUUUCGCCAUGGCAGGCUGCUGAAACAUUUUCUUUCUGCUUUUCUAUUCGUUGCCAGACUAUAAAUUGUUAUGCCCUUUUUUAUUAUUAUUAUUAUUAUUAUUAUUAUUUUAAAUUUA